AUGCGACGUCCGCUCUCACCGACUUUGGCCAAAUUGGCCGAGCAGGAGGUGAAUGAGACGCCCGACCGGAUUCAGCAGGACAUCAUCAUCCUCCGCGUCUGGAUUCGCCAGCAGCCGCACCUGCGCGCCCGCACGGAUGUGGAUUUCCUGAUCGCCUUCCUGAGACGCUGCAGGUACAGUUUGGAGGAGACCAAGCGCCGCAUCGACCGCUACUUCACCCACUACAACCUCUUCCCGGAGAUCAUGAACAAUCGCUGUGUGACGCAGCGACUCCUGGACAUCAAUCGCAUGGGAAUUUGCCUAUAUCCGGAUAUGCCCAAGGGAGAUAGUCGUUCAGCCAUGUUCAUAACCCGUUUUGGCCAGUUUGACCCCAAUCUGUACAUGCUGCGCGAGAUCUAUCACUUUUCCGCGAUGGCCAUGGAGGUGAUAGCGCUGGAGAAUGACCACGCCUCCUUGGCGGGAAUCUGUGAAAUCAUUGACCUCGAGGGCGUCAAUUCGGACAAGAUGCGCCGAUUCGACAGGGUUCUAUUUCGCAAGUGGUGGAACUGGCUCUAUAACUGCAGUCCCCUGAAGGUCAAGGAGAUGUACAUCAUUAACAUGCCCAAGGAUAUUCAGGGCACCGUCAUGUUUCUGUACAACGUGCUCAGCAUGCAGGUCAACUAUCCGAUUCGCGUCCUGAAGAACAGCGAGGAGCUGAUCGAGCACAUUGGCAAGGACUCGCUGCCGGAGGAGUACGGUGGCACAAAUGGCCACUUGGGUGAGUGCGUGGCCUACAUGGAGGACCUGCUGAACAGCUACCGCGGGUAUUUCGAGCAGGACUGCAACUACGGGACCAUCGAGGAGCUGCGUCCCGGCGAGAUUGCCACCUACGAGGCCGAGUUCGGGGCCAGUGGCUCCUUCCGCCGGCUGAACUGGGACUGACCAUGACCCGGAAGCAGGAAGUCUGCCCCACCUACACCUACCAUAUACACAUUCCAAGCUCUGCUGUAGUCGAUCAAUUAAA